ACAAAAUCUCUUGCAGAGCAGCAUGUGAGAGAGCUGCUGUCAUGGUGUCUGAGAAGUGGGUUCCAGCUCUUCUGCUUCUGCAGCUGUGCUGUGUUGGAUGUGGAUUGUGUGGAAAGGUCCUGGUGUGGCCCUGUGACACAAGCCAUUGGCUCAACCUCAAGAUCAUUCUGGAGGAACUCACAGCAAGGGGUCAUGAGGUGAUGGUACUGGUUCCUUCACACAACUACUACAUUGACCACAGCAAGCUUUCCACACCAAACUUCAAGGUGGUUUAUGUGCCAAAUCAUGCAGAGAUGUUUACAAACUUAAUGAAAGAACUUAUGGAUACAGCUGUUAACAUCAUGCCAAAAUUGUCACACUGGCAAUCAGCAGUAAAACUACAAGAGUUCCUACUUCAAACAACUGGAUAUGAGAAAUUACUAUGUGAGAAUGUAGUAUACAAUCAGACUCUCAUGAAGAAUCUCAAGGAAACUAACUAUGAUGUAAUGAUUAUAGAUCCUGUGAUGCUCUGUGGAGACCUGAUAGCUGAGUUGCUUGCAAUCCCCUUUGUGCACACACUAAGGACUUCUGUAGGUGGCAUUUUGGAGAAACACUGUGGAAAACUUCCAGCUCCACCUUCCUAUGUGCCUGUUCCCAUGACUGGACUAGGAGACAAGAUGGACUUUCUGGAAAGGUUGAAAAAUCUAAUGCUUUCCCUUUUCUUUGACUUCUGGCUCCAGCCAUAUGAUGUUCAGAUUUGGGAUCAGUUUUACAGUGAAGCAUUAGGAAGACCCACUACAUUAUGUGAGUCUAUGGGGAAAGCUGAAAUUUGGCUAAUCCGAACAUACUGGGAUACUGAAUAUCCUCGCCCAUAUUUACCUAAUUUUGAGUUUGUUGGAGGAUUGCACUGCAAGCCUGCUAAGCCUUUGCCUAAGCAAAUGGAAGAAUUUGUCCAGAGCUCAGGAGAAGAUGGUAUUGUGGUGUUUUCUACAGGAACAGUGAUCAGAAACCUCACAGAAGAAAUGGUCAAUCUCAUUGCCUCUGCCCUUGCCCAGAUACCACAGAAGGUUUUAUGGAGAUUCGAAGGAAAGAAACCAGCCACAUUAGGAGCCAAUACUCGACUCUAUGACUGGAUACCCCAGAAUGAUCUUCUUGGUCAUCCCAAAACAAAAGCUUUUGUCACUCAUGGUGGAAUGAAUGGGAUCUAUGAAGCUAUUUAUCACGGGGUCCCUAUGGUGGGAAUCCCCUUCUUUGGUGAUCAACCGGAUAAUAUCCUGCACAUGAAGGCCAAAGGAGCAGCUGUGGGCAUGAACAUGAACACAAUGACAAGUGCAGAUUUGCUCAGAGCCUUAAGAACAGUCAUUAAUGAACCUUUUUAUAAAGAGAAUGCUGUGAGGUUAUCAAGGAUCCACCAUGAUCAGCCGAUGAAGCCUCUGGACCGAGCGGUCUUCUGGAUCGAGUUUGUUAUGCGACACAAAGGAGCCAAGCACCUCAGGCCAGCCGCCCACGACCUCACCUGGUUCCAGUACCACUCUCUGGAUGUCAUUGGGUUCCUGCUGGCCUGUGUGGCAGUUGCUAUAUUCUUGGUCACAAAAGGUUGUUUGUUUUUUUGUCAAAAAUGUAGUAAAGCAGGAACGAAGAAAAAGAGGGAAUAGAUACUUUCAAAUUUGUCAAAUGCCUAAGUGGGACAAUCUUGUUUAUUCUAGUCACAACAAGCUUAAUUAGAACAUCUCACCUCCUUCUUUUCCAAUUUCCCAUUCUACUUCCCUAGUCUAGUGGCAAGACCAAGAGUUUGACUCUCUUUAAGUAGUGAUUGUGCCUCAGUAUUUCUUCAUCUUUCCCAGGAGACCUUACCUUCUUCCUCCCACUUUCUUGACACAGGGACACUAAUAAUUCUACUGUGUUCUAUUCAUAAAAUCAAUAUCUUCAUUUUUUAACCUUAAGUGAUAUGCUGACUAGCAAUAUGCUGUCUCCUGGUGAGCACAUAUGUGAGCGGAAUUCAAUGGAUGCAGGGAACACAGAAUGGUAAAAUUCACAAGUUCUCUUACACCACACAAAUCAGGGACACAUCAUAGAAGCUUAGUUUGUUAUGAGGAAAUUAAUGAUGUUUUCAGUAAAAACAAUCCUUCUCCUUUCCACAUGUUUCUGAUAUUAGAGCAUAAGUUGAUAUUCACUCUGAUCAGUCAUUGCAAUAGGAAAGAUUCACAAUAUUUCUAUACAGCUUAUCCAGAAUAUCAUGGCCUAAAUUUCUGCCUUUAGACAAAAAAUAUUCUCAUGUGCAAUGGCCAGUUCUUGGCACAGCUUUCAAACAAUAGAGAGAAUCAACAAAUUGUUACCUUUUUUCAAGGACAGAAUAUCAUCAGCAUUUUAAAUGUGAACAUAUCAUUUUGGGAGAAAAAUGUUAUAAAAACAUUAAAGUAAUUUAUUAAUUUUAUGAAUUUUUUUACCAAAAGUACAUCUGAAAAACUUGGAAUUAAUUUUUGACUCAUUAAACUUAAAAAUCAGUAAUAUUCCUAAUAUCUUAUUACUAUAUAUAAUCAAAGGUAUAAUUUAGUGUAAGAAAAGGAAGAAAUGUUUACACUGAAAAUAUGAUCAUUGUAUUGUUUUCCAGUCCAUAUCUUCUACAAAGGGAAACUCUUCAAAUUAUUCUCAUUUUGCUAAGGAUAUAAGAGAUUGGGUGACCUGCUUGACUGAGAAUAUGGUACAUUAAAUAUUAUAAAUGUAAAGCUCUAAGCUAAGGCAAAAAUUUAUAUUUUAGUCAAUUUUAAUUAAUUUAUCAUAUCUAUUAAAGUUUGCAAUUCUUACUCUUACUUUCAUAUAAUCCUAAUGAGGUACCUACUUAAAGAUUUAAUUUCAGGAAUUUGUAAAGUGUUAAGAAGACAAAUUGCCUCUAAAUGGUGAAAGUUUUGAAAUUCUUAUACAUUCAUGGGGUAUAUUUGGAACUUACUACAAUUAUAAAAAUAACUCUAUGAUGGGAAAUGUAUUUCUUCCUGAUUGUGUAUGUGACUAAAAGUGCAAAUCAAUUCUGUAACUCUUUCUGAAUGCUGAAAAUACAUUUAUUAAAUUAAAUAUUGAGUGAUCCCUAUUGAUAUUGGAUUUGAAUUAAUUUUUUGUGCUUUGAAUUAAUUGUGUAUAUUUUGUGAAAGGUGUUUAUCUUUGUUUUAAUCUCUGUAUGUUCCCUGCGGUUAGAAGGCAGCAAUAAACUAAGAU